UACAGGUGUAAUAUGGGAGUAAUUCUGACAGGUGGUGGUGCUGCUGUAGUUGAUGCUGAUAAAUAUGUUACUGCUACAGUAUUGCCAACCUACACCAACGCCCUGUAUGUGACACCGACUCCCAAUGUGAAUGGUCAGUAUUACUCUGUGGGAACCUCACUGACGUUCAGCUGUUCCGGUACUGUAGGCAGUGACAAGAGGAUCCACACGUGGUGUUACAAACAAGCAGGCAGCAAUACCGGAUUUACGGGCUACCCUACUGCAACGGACAUUAAUCAGAAUGAAAACGGUUUGGUCCAGGAUGGGUGUAACUACAGGCGCAGCAGUACACUGACCUACAAUGUAACGGCAGCAGACACAGAAACCUCAUUUAUGUGUGAACCAUUCACUGGCAGCAUGUGUGGUACAAGUGCAGCAGGUCUGAAAACCAACUAUACCAUUAGAAACUAUGUAUCCGGUGGCAAUACAGGUGCUCAGGAUGAUUCAGAAAAUUCCAGUGGCGGUACAAGCAGUGCUGGGACGAUUGCCGGAGCUGUCAUCGGCGCGUUCGCUGGAAUCCUCCUCAUCAUCCUUAUUGUGUAUUUUGUGGUGUUUAGACGCAGGAGUCCCGGAGAGACAUACAACACGAAAGAAGAUGGAUCCCCAGAGAACGCAGAAAAUGGAGGCCCAGCCCACACAGAAGGACCUGUAUACAGUGUACCAGACAAGAACCGCUCGAGAGGGGCAUCUCCCCCCGGCCAGCCCCCAUCCCCACCCCGCGAGUACGAGUCACUGGUGGAGGCCAAGCGCGAACUACAUUAUGCUGACCUUGACAUCGCUAGUCGUCCGCCCGGUGUCCCGGCUCCGAGGCUCAGCAAACAUGUACCAACUGAAUAUGCUACUGUCAAAUUUGUCUAGCUUUGGGGAAACUGUUUAGAAAGAAAGUAGUUGUGAGAGUCUGUAGAAUGUUAUGUAUGACAGCGUGUAAGUUGAAGGAUUCUAGCAUGCGAGUAGGUGUAAGUACUGUCAAAGAUACAGUUGUAAGUGCAACUUUCAUUUUUACAUUUUUUUCCAAUUGUAGAUAAUAAGUUUUAAUGUUUUGCAUGAUUGUUGUAUAAUGUGACAUUUUGUGUGUGCAAUAUUUCUUUGCCUCUUUAUGUAAUAACUACAGUUAUCUUUUGCUUAAUUGAACGAAAAUAUACAUUUUGAGCUCCCAAAUUGAAUCACCAAUCCUCACAUCAGUAGCCUAGUAGUUCUGCAUAUAAAUUGCUGCAGUCAAAAACUAAAUUUUUGUUACAAUGCUGAUGUGGGGACCAAUCAAAAAUAUCGUUACAUUGCUGAUAUGGGGACCAAUGGAAACUGUUGAAACAUUGCUGAUUUUGGGACCAAUGAAAACUGUUGUUACAUCGCUGAUGUUGGGACCAAUGAAACUGUUGUUACAUCGCUGAUGUUGGGACCAAUGAGAAAUACUGUUACAUUUGUGAUCUAUAGAAUGUGUGGAAUAGUGGAGGUAUAGUGAUUGCUCCUCAAAUUGUUGACGAUUUUCAGAUCUGGUAAAAGUGUACAGUUGACAUUGUAUUCCUCAAUCAACCUGAAUCACCUUGUGAACAUGACCACCAAUCCUAAGUGGAGUGGUAUCAGUAAUAUAAUUAUAAGUUAAAUGAUAAAUUUUCUGAUGUUUCUAUGACAACGACUAACAAAUCCCUUUCAGAGGAAGUGUUUCUCUCUGUACCGAUUUACAAUCAAAUGGUUAGUGUUGGAUAACAAAUGUGUUCACUUUAUCACUGAAGUUAAUGAUCUUUUGUUAACACAAAAUUUGAGCAUUAAACAUUUUUUAACCAUUGAUACAAAACUAUCUAGAACAGGCUUCAAAGGAAUAAUCAUAAAUACACAUUGUUUAAUGUACAAAAAAUGUGUUUGUAGUUAUGAUUUUAGUUCAUGUAUGCAAUUGUUUCUUCAUUCUGUAUCCUUGAUGGUUAAGAUAAUGAGGUUAUUUUGAAAAUCUCAAAACUGAUUUGUAAAAUGUAAAAUUUAAUGAUAGCUAGACAGGUGGCUGUUUUGUAUUGUAAAACAGUACAUAUAUUAUUGUGUAGGAAGGCUUGCAUUUAUGACAUUCGGAUAAUCUUCAUUAUUUUUGUACAUAGGAAUAUUUAUGUAAAUCUGUGCUAUUACAUAAUUUAUGUCUGUAUGUUAAGUGGACAUGUAUCAGAAACAUUGUGUUAGUAUGCUCACUGGCCAGUGUACUGAUUUGUUUGUUAGAUGUAUGGUAUGUAUUUAUAAUUACUUGUUUUUGUCCAGCUUAUUUGACAUAAAUCUGUGUUGAGGUUUAACAGUGUUAUACUGUAGAAGUCACAAGCCUAAAUAGGAUACCUACACUAAGGAGUAUUAACCUCAGUACAACACUGCACUAAACUGCGCUAACCACAAUGAUACAAAGCACUACGCACUAAAGAUUAUAAACUUCAAUAUGAUACAUACAUGGCACUUGUACACAUGAACUUCACUAUGGUGUAAAAUGUUACUGGAUUGGUUUUGUUAGACUUGUGUAUUAAUUGAUUGGUGCCGGUAGGGCCUUGUUUGACAUGGUUUUGUUAGACUUGUAUGUUAAUUGAAUGGUGCAGGUAGAGCCUUGUUUGACAUCGUAUUGUGGUGCAGGUCAAGUCUUGUAUUUGCCCUAUUCUUGUAAGAUUUCAAAAAUCAAGCCUUGAAAAUGUUAAUUUUAAAUUGACAAAUAUCACUCAAAGUGUACAAGUUGUUGGAAUCCAUUAUAUGGUGCUGUUAGAUGUCUUCCAUCAAGCUUUGUGAUUGACCUUUAUGACCUAGUUAUUUGACCUUGAAGGUCUAGAAAUAGUCUCAGUGACCUAAAAAGUGCCAUAUUACUGAGUGUCUGUAUACCCAAUACAGCGCUAAGUAGAAUAGAUACAAGUAGGACUAGCAACAGAUUUGUGGACAAUUUAAUUGUUCUGGUGUUUUAUUGCAAGAUUGUAAAUUAGAUGUUGUAUAAGAAGUAUAUAUUUUCGGUGAUUACUUACCUGCAAAUGUAGGAAGGUCUAUGGUAAAUUAAAGUCUGGAAUCUGUAUCUUAUUGUCAUAGAUUAGAAAGAUACUUACAACAUUUCCAUUCAAAUCCAAGAUUUUAUACGGGCACAUUUUUGUAGGGAUUUAGUUUCACCUAGUAACUAUUGAGGAUCCUGGUGGGGUGUCCUGCUAGGUGUCUUCGGCAGUAUGUUUCAGUGAGGUAGCACUAUAAAGUCGGCAUCAGUUCCGC